UGUAGGGUUACAGCCCAUUUAUGGGCGCAGCAGAGGGCAGAUAUCAGUGUCCAGGGCAUUCGUUCCCAGCUAUUCUUAGGAGCGUCUCGGGAGCUCCACGCAGCCGCCAGACCGAGGGACGGAGCAGAGGCCGCCGCGGUCAGCACAAGCAUGUCGUACAGCGUGACCCUGACCGGGCCUGGGCCCUGGGGCUUCCGUCUCCAGGGGGGCAAGGACUUCAACAUGCCACUCACUAUCUCCCGGAUCACACCGGGGAGCAAGGCCGCCCAGUCCCAGCUCAGCCAGGGUGACCUCGUGGUGGCCAUCGAUGGAGUCAACACAGACACCAUGACCCACCUGGAAGCCCAGAACAAGAUCAAGUCUGCCAGCUACAACCUGAGUCUCACGCUGCAGAAGUCGAAGCGCCCCAUCCCCAUCUCCACGACAGCACCCCCGGUCCAGUCCCCUCUGCCGGUGAUCCCCCACCAGAAGGUGGUAGCCAACUCUCCAGCCAACGCCGACUACCAGGAGCGGUUCAACCCCAGCGCCCUGAAGGACUCGGCCCUGUCCACCCACAAGCCCAUCGAGGUGAAGGGGCUGGGCGGCAAGGCCACCAUCAUCCAUGCGCAGUACAACACGCCCAUCAGCAUGUACUCCCAGGACGCCAUCAUGGACGCCAUUGCUGGGCAGGCCCAGGCCCAGGGCAGUGACUUCAGUGGGAGCCUCCCUAUUAAGGACCUGGCCGUGGACAGCGCGUCUCCUGUGUACCAGGCCGUGAUCAAGAACCAAAACAAGCCGGAAGACGAGGCUGAUGAGUGGGCCCGCCGCUCCUCCAACCUGCAGUCUCGCUCCUUCCGCAUCCUGGCCCAGAUGACCGGGACAGAGUACAUGCAAGACCCUGAUGAGGAAGCUCUGCGGAGGUCAAGCACCCCCACUGAGCAUGCUCCAGUGUGCACCAGCCAGGCUGCCACCCCGCUGCUGCCCGCUUCUGCCCAGCCGCCCGCUGCCGCCCCCCGCAGUGCAGCCUCGCCACCCCCGAGCACAGCCGCUGCCCGUGCCGCCACCGCCACCCCCACCUCCAGCCCUGCGGACAGCCCGAGGCCCCAGGCCUCUGCCUACAGCCCGGCCAAGGCGACCUCUCCAGCACCCGCCUCUCAUACAUACAGUGAGGCCUCAGCUGCCCCUGCGCCCAAGCCCCGGGUUGUCACCACCGCCAGCAUCCGGCCUUCUGUCUACCAGCCAGUUCCCGCGGCGACCUACAGCCCCUCCCCGGGGCCCAGCUACAGCCCAGCUCCCUACACCCCCUCGCCGGCCCCGGGCCCGGGCUACAGCCCCACGCCGUCCACGGCCUACGGUGGCGGCCCUGUGGAGUCGGCCAGCCGUCCCCCGUGGGUGGCGGACGACAGCUUCUCUCAGAAGUUUGCCCCCGGCAAGAGCAGCAGCUCGGCCAGCAGACAGACCCUGCCGCGAGGGGCCCCCACCUACGGCCCCCCCGGGCCCCAAGUGUCCCCCCUGGCCAGGGGCAUCGUGCAGCGGGCGGAGCGCUUCCCGGCCAGCAGCAGGACCCCGCUCUGCGGCCACUGCAACAACGUCAUCAGGGGCCCCUUUCUGGUAGCCAUGGGCCGUUCCUGGCACCCGGAGGAGUUCAACUGCGCCUACUGCAAGACCUCCCUGGCGGACGUGUGCUUCGUGGAGGAGCAGAGCAACGUUUACUGCGAGCGCUGUUAUGAGCAGUUCUUUGCUCCAAUCUGCGCCAAGUGCAACACCAAAAUCAUGGGGGAAGUGAUGCACGCCUUGCGGCAGACUUGGCACACCACCUGCUUCGUCUGCGCAGCUUGCAAAAAGCCCUUCGGGAACAGCCUCUUCCACAUGGAAGACGGGGAGCCCUACUGUGAGAAAGACUACGUCAACCUGUUCAGCACCAAGUGUCAUGGCUGUGAUUUCCCUGUGGAGGCCGGCGACAAGUUCAUCGAAGCCCUGGGGCAUACCUGGCACGACACCUGCUUCAUCUGCGCAGUGUGCCACGUGAAUCUGGAGGGACAGCCGUUCUACUCCAAGAAGGACAAGCCCCUGUGCAAGAAGCACGCGCACGCCAUCAAUGUGUAGGGAGCCCGGAGCGCCUGACAGGCCGGCUGCCUGCUGCCGGCGACAGAGGAGCGAGGAGGCUGGUGUUUCUGGGGGGAAAGGGGGAGACAGGAAGCUACUGAGCCCUUUGAAGUAAGAUUUUAGUCCUUCUUCUGCACGCAGAGUGCGUACUUGCAUAGCUGAGUCUAGAAGCCAAAUGAAGAUGCCUGACCGAGCUCCAGGGAGUCCGCGGCUGCAGCUGUAGGUCCCCGCUGGGCUGGGGCAGGCUUCAAGGACUGCAGGGACACUCAAUGGUCACCCUGCGGGGCGCCGUGCUCCCAGGCGGGGGAGCGGACCGCAGCCACUGCAGGCUACCCCCACAGGGCCGCCACUGCAGGGCCAUCCCCGCAGGCCACCCCACAGGCCACCACCCCAGGGCCACCCCCGCAGGCCACCCCCGCAGGCCACCCGCCCAUUGGCUAUAUUUAGAGCCAAGGCCAAGGGUGGCUCUUGGUGCCUAAAAAGGAAGCAUGUUCCGUUCCUCAUCCCUUGUCCCUCAGGAGGGAGACCUCAGGCAGGGCUGGGGCCCAGCAGGUGUCCCAGGGGGCGGGGAGGGGGGCCGGGGAGGGGGCUGGGGGGCUGCGGCCCACACCCCACACCGCCUGGGCCCUGUGCCAUGGGCCCUGCGCCACCGCACUUCUCGUCUCCCACAUCCCGUGUCCCCAGAAGGCUUAGCUCCUUCCUGACGUGUGCGGGGAGGUGGAGCUGCGCUUCUCCAGUUUUGUUUUGCUGUGUGAGAGGAGAUCUCAAGGCGACUCUGGCGUCUGUCUUGCCUCCCGUGGGGCCGCGCUCCUACUGCGCCCCCAGCCCUGGGCUGCCCUACCCACCCACCCCCCCCCGCCCUCCAGCCCCCACCCCACGCCCUCCAGCCGCCCUGGUGCCCUCCAGCACCCCGCCCUCCAGCCCCGACCCCUGCCCUCCAGGAACCCCCCCACCGCCAUGCCCUCCAGCACCCCUCUGCCCUCCAACACCCCCUUCCCUCCAGCACCCCCCCCGCCCUCCAGCACCCCUGUCCUCCAGCACCCCAUGCCCUCCAGCCCCCCUGUCCUCCAGCCCCCCCCCGUGCCCUCCAGCACCCCCUGCCCUC